UCGGAGAUGGGGCUGAGUGUGCAGGGGGUGACGCACGCGCAACGGGGAGGCUGGGGCUGGAGGUUUGAAGAACUACUCACAAACUUGCCUAAUAAGCAAAAUCAUGUCAUAAAUGAGUUGGUGGCACACUUAGUGAUCAAGAAGUCUUUACCUAAGCAGAAGCAGGAAGCCCAGAAGGCCAAACCAGAAAUGUCCAAGCCCCAGGGUGAUAACGCCAUGCCCACAAUGGUUCUGGAUGCAGCUCAAAGGAAUAGACUUCAGCAACAGAUGCAGCAGCAUGUUCAGCUCCUGACUCAGAUUCACCUUCUGGCCAGCACCAACCCCAGCCUCAGUUCGGAGGCCAGUACCACCAAGAUGUUUCUUAAGGAACUGGGGACCUUUGCUCAAAGCUCUGUUGCCCUUCACCAGCAAUUCAAUCCCAAGUUUCAGACCACAUUCCAGCCUUGUAACCUGAAGGGUGCUAUACAGCUCAUUGAAGACUUUCACUCACAUGUCAACAUUGACUUGAGCCCUCGAAAAAAUGUCCAGAAGAGUGGUGAAGGACUAAGCCCUGAAUAUCCAACCAGCGAAUUUCCUUGUCUGCCUAAGCAAGUGGCCUGGAUUAUGGCCACAAGCAAGGUCUUCAUGUAUCCAGAGCUGCUACCAAUACGUUCCCUAAAGGUGAAGCAUCCCAGGGAUAAGAUAUUCUUCACCAAAGCAGAAGACAAUUUAUUAGCUUUGGGACUGAAACAUUUUGAAGGGACUGAGUUUCCAAAGCCUCUAAUCAGUAAAUACCUCCUGACUGCCAAGUCUGCUCACCAGCUGACAGUGAGAAUCAAGAAUCUCAACAUUAGCCGGGCUCCUGACAAUAUCAUUAAAUAUUAUAAGAAGACGAAGCAGCUGCCAAUAUUGUUUAAGUGCUGUGAGGAGCUUCAGCCUGAUCAGUGGAAGCCACCUGUGGAGAGGGAAGAGCGACAUCUUCCAUUCUGGUUAAAGGCCAGUUUGCCAGCUAUCCAGGAGGAAAUACAGCACCUAGCUAAUGAUGGUGGAGAAUCAGGAAAUGUGUCUGGAUCAGCUGAGACGAGUUCUGACCCAGGUCUGGAGUCAGGGAAUGAUAGCCGAUACCCCCUGCUGUUGCCCAAGAGCGUGGUGCUGACAUUGAAACCACUUGCCAAACGGUUUUCAUCUAGGAGGAUUUGGAGGCAGAGGUCGUCAGUCCUGAAACCCCUCCUCAUCCGCCCUGCUCCUUCUCUCCAACCUUGCUCCAAUGAUAACGCUCAAGUCAGAUUAGCCCAGUCAGAAGCACCUCCAAGGAAAGUGGAGCUCCCAGACUCCCCGCUGAGCCAGCCAGCCACUGCCUCACAGACAGGGCCAGAGGCUUCGCCUUCGGGUGGCGCUGGGAGGAGCGGCCCAGAGAUUCCUUUGACAUUGCCAGCGGUAGCUCCCAAGAAUACGGCGAGGUCCCAGACCUUCCUUUCUUCAGCAGUCUUCAGGCCCAGGGUCUUGUUGCCAUCAUUUGUUGCGCGAUGUGAGCCAGUGGUGAAGCCCCCAAAGAAAAAGUGGGCCAAGGGCUCCCGUCCCUUGAAACCUGCCCCGGUCCUUCCCCCUCCCCGGGUAAUCCUCACUGUUCCUGCCACCACUGUGGAAGUUGUGAGUCUGAACAGCAGUUUUAAUGUGAUUCAGCCUCUUAGACCUGUAGCUCAGAGCCCUCAGACCAUCCCCAUAACUACCCUCUUGGUCAGCCCCACAUCCUUCAUCUGUCCAUUAAGCCAGCCCCUUAUAGCCUCUUCUGUUCCACCUUUAAUUAUUUCUGGUAACCCUGUGAAUCUCCCUGUGCCACCUACCCCUGAGGAAAAUACACAGGUGAAACAAAAUAUUCCUUGUCCUCAGGCUGAAGGGGAAAGUGCCUUUCCAGUCAUAGAACCCAAACUGGAACCCCGAGAAUCAUCUCCUCAUUGUCCAAGUCCAUACCCUAAAGAAGAACACAGCCCAGGGCCUCCCACACCAGGUAGUCAGGUAGACUCGUUUGAGGGGAAUGCUCAUAGCUGGACUGUUGUGAAGACACAGGAUGGGAGGCAAGUCCUGGAGCCACUGUCUCGUACCUCUCAGAAAGCCAUCGACUUUCUGCCAGAGAAUUUACUGAACAUUGUUAAAGUAGAGCCUGAGGACCCCGAGGAGGAAGCCAACUUGAAUUGGAACAGGUUCCCUGAGCCAGACAUUUGUGAUGAAAUAAAAAAGGAGGUCUUCAUGGAGCUGGAUGUGGGACCCCCAUAUGAGGAGGCAAGUAGUGCUCAAGAAGUGAAGAAAGAGGCAGAUUUACCAAAGGAGGAGGAAGGUGAGACAGCAAUGACAUUCUCAUCCCCCCAGGGGAUUCAAAGUGAAGGGAACCCAGGAGGAAAGAUGAGCAAAGGGUCUCCCAAGAAUACUUCCUCUUCCACUAGUCCUGAUACUGUACUUAGUAGUCCCCUGCGUAAGCCUAAAGACUCAUCCAAUGUUGUUGGCUUGACAGUGAGAACCCAAGCUGGUCCAGAAACGGGGGGUAAGAAGGCUAGGCCAGAAGAGGAGGAGAAUCGUGACCACGAUGAAGAAAUGGCAUCAGUCUCUGAAGAAGCUGUGCCCUUUGUCCCAGAACUUCAGGAGACCGUGGAGAAGCCGACAUAUCUGGUGUCUGGGAGGUACGUGGGCCAAGAGAGUGAUUCUGAGGAAGAGAAACCUCGGAAAGAGAAUUCUGGUGCUGAGGUUGUGGUGAAAGCGGAGAAAAUGGAAAGCCCGCAGAAAAAUGAUGAGGUGAUGGAUGAAGCGGAUAGAGAUCCAUCCUUCCACCUUCGCUUCACUUAAGGUGGUCCCAGAAGUGGAGACUGAAAGGACUCCCAACCCAGGGGAAAGCACCAAAGCUGUUGGACAUCCAGAACUAGUGAAACCCUGUAGGGGCCAUAAAGAACACCGUAAAGCUGCCCUUCCGGUACAGUGAGUGCAUCCUAGAAUGGAACUCCCCGAGGGAAAAGUACGUGGUGUGUUGUUCCAGUGGACCUAGCUAGCAAAAGACCACAGAUGCCUAUGGGACUUGCUUUGGACAGACUGUCUCUGUUUCCUGAAUUGACCUACCUCUAUUCAGAUGGGCGCUCACCCAGCCAGUUCUCAGAUUUGUUCUUGUGCCUUGAUCUCACCUUGUAUUCCCAUAUUUUUUUCUGUGUGUACAUCUCGCAGCUGAUCCAGGUAGUCCACAAAUGGUGCUUACCCCACCAUGUGUGAUUGGCUAAACUUUAUAUAACCUGGUUAGCUUAUCACUUUGUCGUUGGUUGUUAAACUUUUGCUUUAAUUUGUUUGUUUGCAUAUAACUGCAAGGGCAUGCCCUUAUUUGAAAGAUGCAGUUGAAACACUCUGUAAUGUUAUAAAUUGACUGGUUCAACCUAGUGACUUUUGUUGACUCAAGCUGCUGGAAGUUUUAUAAAAGUCUGCACUAGCAGACACCUCAUUGUGUGCUUUUUAAACUGUAUUGAGGCCAGAGGAGAAUUCCCAAUGCUGGGAAUCCUAAACUGAAAGGGGCAACACUCCCAUAGCUGUCAUUGUUACAUCUGCCAUUCCUUGACCGAGCAUUCUUCCAAAGCAGGUGGUUUAUAAUAGCCUACCAGUGUUAUGGGGUUCUUGAGGUCAGGAGUGACUCUGGGUUUCAAAUGCACGCGUUUCCUCUUAAAUAUCCUUGUCAAUAAAUUCCCUUUAUCAACUU